CGCCAGAGUUACGAAGUAAAAGCAGGCGAGGGGGCGGUCCCUCGGGGCAGGCGAUGGCACAUAAAACGGCCGGGGCCCUCUGCCGCUCCUCCUCGCCCGUCACCGUGGGAUCCGUGUCCCGUUUCCCGCGCCCACCUUCCCCCGCCGAGCGCCCCGUUGCGCGCUGUGCCCUGGGCGAGCCCGGGGGCCCCCAGUGCCAUGGCCCGAAAGCUUGGAGGGCGCAAGACCACCGUGAUCGUGGGGCUCGUGGGGCUGCUCUUGACGGUCCUGGGCGGCGUCAUGAUCUUCGUGGUGCCCCAGCUGAUUAGAGAUCAGAUCCUUCAGAAUGUCAGGGUCAACCCCAGCAGCCUGUCCUUCGAUAUGUGGAAGGAGAUCCCCGUUCCCUUCUACAUGUCCGUGUACCUGUUCCACGUCAUGAACUCGGACGAAGUGCUGAACGGGGAGAAGCCCAGCAUUCAGGAGCGGGGGCCUUACGUCUACAGAGAAUACAGACAGAAACGAAACAUCACUUUCAAUGACAAUGACACGGUGUCCUUCUUAGAAUACCGGACUUUUGUGUUCCAGCCUGAAAUGUCCCAUGGCUUAGAAACCGAUUACAUCGUGAUGCCCAAUCUCUUGGUCUUGGCGUCCUCAGUGAUGAUGGAACAGAGACCCAUGUCCAUGAAACUGCUCAUGAGCCUGUCAUUCAGCAUGUUCGGCCAGCGGGCCUUCAUGAACCGCACGGUGGGGGAGAUCUUGUGGGGUUAUCGCGAUCCCCUCAUUGAUCUGCUGAAUAAAUACUUCCCUAACAUGUUGCCAUUUAAAGAUAAAUUUGGCUUAUUUUCAGAGUUUAACAACUCCGAUUCAGGAUUGUUCACUGUGUUUACUGGUGUCAAAGACUUCAGCAAAAUCCAUCUGGUGGACAAGUGGAAUGGUAAAAGCAAGUUAAACUUCUGGAAUUCAGACCAGUGCAAUAUGAUUAAUGGGACAUCUGGACAGAUGUGGGCCCCUUUCAUGACUCCAGAGUAUAACCUUCAAUUCUACAGCCCAGAGGCUUGCCGGUCUCUGAGUUUUGAAUAUGAGAAGUCAGGAGACUUUGAAGGUAUUCCUACUUAUCGAUUUGUGGCCCCAAACACCUUAUUUGCCAACGGGUCUGUGUACCCACCAAAUGAAGGUUUCUGUCCUUGCCUGAAGUCGGGAAUCCAGAACAUGAGCUCCUGUCAGUUAAGUGCCCCGCUCUUCCUUUCGCACCCGCAUUUCUACAACGCAGAUCCGGAACUGGUCGAGUCUGUGAUCGGGCUCCAUCCCAACAAGGAAGAACACUCCCUGUUCCUUGAGGUGCACCCGGUCACCGGCAUCCCCAUGAACUGUUCGGUCAAGCUGCAGCUGAGUCUGUAUACAAAGGCUGUCCCUGGCAUUGGGCAAACAGGAAGAAUCCAGCCGGUAGUCCUUCCUCUCCUUUGGUUUGAAGAGCGUGGUGCCAUGGAAGGCCAGACCCUCAAAUCGUUCUAUAACAGACUGGUCUUGAUGCCCAAGCUGGCACAGUACUUUCAGUACGUCUUAAAUGCCUUGGGCUGUCUUUUCAUCAUCAUCACUCUCAUCCUCAUCAUUAAGAAUCAGAGGACACCCAGUGCUCCACGAGGGGCUGGGCCCCCAAUCAGACCAGCUCCCCAGCUCCCAGACUCCCCUCCUCCAGGACGACCCCCAGGAUGGACAGCCUGCCGGCAGCAAGUCCUGAGUGACCUCCCCUGCCUGGCCAUGGCAGCCGUGUGGCCAUGAUGUCAUCUUUUUAUAUGUACAGCCAUGAACACACACAUUUAGUGUGUGUAUAUGUGUGUAUGUGAGAGAGGGAGAGAGAGAGAGAGAGUCAAAGACUUGCAGGGACAGAAAGUCUCGACCUCGAGGACUCUCAAAUUGGGCAUUUGGGGAUGGAAGGUUUUGUGAGAGCCAGUCUGGGAAUAGCUUGACCCCUGACUUCUCCAGUAAUUUAGGUAUCCCUCAGCCUGUCCCAACGCUAGGAUCCUGAAACGCCUGGGAGGCAUUAAGCCUGGUCCUCCCCUGCCCCUCUCUUUGAGUACUUCUUUCCCCUUCUCCCUGAGAAGAAGCCAGGAUGAACUGUGUACUGCACAGCCAGCCAAGAGAACACAAGCUGAUAUGAGCCUUACUCCCCUCCCUCUGUUCCCUCUCAUCUUCCCCUCCCCCAUGUAGUAAUGUCUUCGGUGCCCUGGUUCUGAAACCCAGUACUUCCACCUUAUUAUGGCUCGCCCAGGUUGGACCCGGAGGCUCUCUCCAUAGAGGCUAAUUAGACUUGCUGCCCACUUGGGUCCUGAGGGGCUGAGACCACUACCGAUGGGGACCUUUUCGGCCCCUGGUGCUGAAGGGAGCAACCGGGGGUCAUUUCAUCUGCACCCAGGGAUCAGGCCGGGGGCCACCUUCACGUCGGGAACCCUCUUAAACAGCUUGGGGUCCGGGGCAGAAGGUCUGGCGUCACGGCCGCGUUUUGGGUUGUGAUCUCUCUGAUGGCCAUUUUUAGCUUUCCUGGGUCUUCUCACAGACACGUCUGGUUUUUUAAUAUUUUCAUCAUUUUUCUAUCUUCUGAUUCAACAAAUGAAUGCUCUAGAGGUAUGCGGUCCUAGCAGAUUUCCCGUUGCGUUCUUGGGGGACACUGGAAACUCCCCUUCUGGCAUCCAGGACUCUGUGCUCCUGUAGGGAAACAAGGCAGGGUUGGGGAGGAAUAUCUCAGGGCCCCUCCAUCUCCUGGGAGCCGGCAGAUUGAUGCGCUGGCUUCCCUAGGGUGGGGGAAGCAGCGUUUCUGGUCUCCUGGAUAAACAUCUGUCUCUUUUUUCACCUUUUUUUUUCUACUAGGAAAAAAAAUCUCAUUCACUUUAAAAGAAUAAAUUCACUUUAAAAUAA